AUAUUAGUGUUAAAUGUAUUAUUAUUUAUUUCCAAAGUUUGUCCAAGUUGUGCGUUUGGAAUGCGGAAAUGAAAUUACUCGACCAUGAGGUGCCGGGUGGCGCGUCUACUACGUUAUCUGUUAAUGAUCAAUAAAUAGUUUUCAACUAUUUUGUCUUAUAGUGGUUAUUUGUGAAUUUUCGUCGUCUGUUCACGGCAUCAAUAAUCUAUCGAUCAAGAUUCAGUUACUUAUUCAUCCACUGUAUCGUAUAUUCUGAUAUCGGCGGUGAUAUCAUUUAACACCAGUACUUACAGGAUAACACAAUAACAGUAAAACACGUGAUUCAUUUUUGUCAUAUUCUUGAUAUUAACUCUGACGAAUGAGCUAUUGUAUACCUAUUUAGUAAUUAGUUAAUAUUUUAGCCGUGAACAGUGAACACCAGCGGUAUAAUCGACUUCUAAGAAGAUAAUAUUUAAUUGAAAGUAUCUAAAAUGAAGAGAUCUAAAGUAAAAAAAAUUAUUCUCGCCAAUCGUGUCAAAUGUUCUAAGAGCUCUCAAAUAUGUUACUUGUGUGAUGCUAUAAAACAAACGCAGAAAAAUUACAAUUUAUCUUCAUUACUGAUGACUGUCCGCCAAUGGGAUACUAAAGGAUCAAGUAAAAUAAGAAGAAGUAUUAAGAACUUAAAAUGUUUUGUAUGUAAUUAUAAUUCUAAUUGUUUUAAUAAAUGGAAAGCACAUAUCAUGUCAAAUGGACACAUGUCUAUGUGCCACACCUUAAACAAUGUGUGUUCAUACUUCUGUGAAGCUUGCAAAACAUUAUUUUAUGGCUCCGAAAUGUGUAUAAGUCAACAUAAAAAAGAUGUGCAUGGUGGCCAAAGUAAUUUGUCUGGUGUAUCAAUAUUAAUGUCUGAAUUGAUGAAUUGCUUGGAUAUUCAUUCAAAACAUAUCUAUUUUUGUAAUUUGUGUAAUAUCGUUUCAGAAACACCAAUUCAUACAUCUGGGAAACAUUUUAAUAAUCAAAAAUUGUAUGAUUGUAAAUAUUGUAAUACCACAUUUCUUUGUAAAGCUGAAGAAUUAGAUUUUCAUGAAGCUAGUGUGGAACAUUUAACAUUUAAAUGUAUUUAUUCGAUAAAAGAAGCCAUUGAAGUAAACCGUUUGAAAAUACAAAAACAAAACCAAGUUACAAAAAAUACACAUGAUCUUCAAACAAAAGCAAAACAAUUAGAAUUGCCAUUAAUUAUAUUGGACAGGUUUCAGAAAACUUCAGAAUCAAUGGCAAAAUGUAAUUUUUGUAAUGUUAUUAUUUGCUGGAGUACUCAAAGAAUAACUAAACAUGUAAAUAUAUGCUUAAAUAAAGGCAAUUUAACAUCAGAAAUGCAUGAAAAUUUGAUCACAGCUUAUGAUUGUGAACUAUGUAAUUUUAAAACAAAUUCUUUCUUUAGCCACAAACUUCAUGUGAUUUCACCUAUACAUCUCAACAAUUCCCACAAAAGUGGUGAUUUCUAUUCAUAUUUCUGUACUAUUUGCCAUUUAUACAUUUAUGCUUCCAAAAUUCAAAUUAACGAUCAUUUGAAAAGGAAACAUAAAACAAAAAUGACUGGCUUGCCUUUAUUAUCUAAAGUUUUAAAAGAUAAUUAUAAAUACAUAAGCAAUCAUCCCGGCUCUGACUUUAUUGACUAUUAUAGUGAUCAGCAAUUUUGUGGAAAAGAUUUUUUUCCAAUUCAAUGUACUGUUUGCAAAAUAUCUUUCUGCAUGAGUAAUUAUGAGUAUAACUUACAUGAGAUUUCUAGUGAACAUAUUAUUUUAAAAUAUUUUACAACAACAAAUCCUUCAUUAGUUAUGAAACAUAAUUAUGAAUAUGAAAAUGUACAAACUACAUCUACUAUAAAUACAAAUUUAAUUAUAAACAAUGAAGCUUUAAAUAAUAAAUGUUUAUCUUCAACCAAAGGUACUGUUAGUACUAAUCCAGAAAAAAAUUUUGUAAAUGAAGACCAUACGGAUAUCAAAAAAAGAAAAUUACCUAUGAAUAGCACCAUUUCAGAAAACAAUAAGCUGUUAAUAAAUUGUAGCAAUGGAAAAUCACAUUCAGCAAUUUCAUCUACUAAUACCGAUCAUAACACACAACAAAAUGUACACUUCUCUGAUGAUAAUGUUGAUGAUGGAGUAGAGAUAGCAUAUUUAAAGUCUACUGCAGGAAUUCUUUUUGCCCAACAUACUCCAAAAGCCUUGCAUCAUACAGAUGUAUCAACAAGUUUUGAUGACCUGAGGCAGACGAAUAUAACCAAAGAGCAAAAAACUAUUCAGUCUGGUACACAGUCUAAUAUUACAACACCGUACAAGCAAAUACAUCCAAGCGAUACAGAUCAAUUAUAUGGGCAGUAUGUUAUAGAAAGACUUAAAAAUAUACACAACACAUCUCUUAAAAGUAAUAUAAAAAUUGAAAUAGAUGCUCUAUUUUGUAUCUAUACCUAAUUAAUUUAUUAAAUGUGUUAAAAAUUAUUAAGGAUAUUAUGUUAU